AUGGAGACGCCAUCUGCUGCUGCUUCAUCGGCGACGCCUGCUGCCGCCGCUGCUGCUGCUGCUGCUGCGUCUCGUGCCGGGCGCGGUCGCUCCACCACAAAAAGGCGACAUGUGCUGCCCUUGGCCAGGUCCUCGUCCUCUAGGCCGCCAGACUCGACCGACCUGCCCCCAACCCCUACUGACCAGAUGGCCCCUUCUUCCUUUGCGUAUGAGACGCCUAGCCCGUCGUCCUCGCGCAGUAUAAGAGGCGUCCGCCAUCGUCAGGGCGAGGCUGCAGUGCAGUCCCCCGAAGAUGCAGACGCAAAGGGCGGCCGCUCUCUGCGCCGCAAGCCACGCAUCGACUACAGCUUCGACCACCAGCUCGAGGACAGUGACGUCUUUGCUGCCAGGGCCACGCCCUCGGCGGCCCGCUCCCUCAAGAAGCGCAAGACGGACAUUAGCUUUCUCGACGGCGACGCCGACGAGGAGCACGAGCUGCGCGUCAAGCGGCGCGCCUCGGAGCAGCCCCUUCCUGCCGCAGGCUCUGCUCGCCGCAAGGCGGCUGCGCGCAAGACCACGGUCGAGCCCCAGGUAUAUGUGCCCGACCAGCAGGCAGACGAUGUCGAGGUCCAGGACACAAUUGAGGUUGGUGGCCGGCACAGCAUGCACUCGGACGACUCGUUUCGCGCCCGCACCAGCUCAGGUGGCUCUUCUCAUCAUGAUCUUACACCAAAAGCGGGCCUGCGGCUGUCCAGCAUCACCCACCCUGAACCGCCAUCAUCACCACCACCACAGCCAUCGCAGCCCACAGCCGUCCCCCCUGCGGCCUCUGUCAUCACGCAGGCGCGCGAGGGUGUCUCCCCGCCAACUAGUCAUCCGGUCCUUGAAUCUCACGAAAGCGCAAUCGAGGACGAUGCACCCCAGCCUGAGAGCCAGUCUAUCCCCAGCUCAGCUCCUCAAAAGCUUGAAGAGCCUGAGCAGCCUGCCAGUGUCCAGCCUGCGGCCGAACCUGUCGUAGCACCCACGCCAACUGUCCCGAGCGUUGAGGAGGACAUCAAACCCCCUGCUGAACUACAGACUGAGCCACAAUCUGCGCCCAAAGCUGCAUCACCUCUACCGCAGCCUCAAUCCCAAUCACAAGCAGAACCACAGGUGCCUCGCAAAUCCUCGCCUGCAGAGUCAGCUCCUGUUGAUCUACCCGCGGCACCAUCUGCUCCCGUCAAGGAAGAGCUCAAGCCUACUCCUCAAAAGAGCGUGGCAGUUCCUGCUGAAUCCAAGCAUCCGGAGCCACAGCCAAAGAAGCCGGUGGACGACAAGAACGACCCGCUCGGCCAUCUUACUCCAUAUAUCAGUGGUGCGACUGUCUUAUUUCCGAAGAUCAAGUCCACUGGAGAGCCGGACGCAGAUGCGGACCCAGAAGUUGAAGCCGAUCAGGAGGCCGCCCCUGAUGGCGAGCCGGACGGUACCCUGGACGAAACAGCACAGCCUGGUGAGGACGCUGGCGACGAGCCUGCCGACGCAGCCGACGAAGACACGCCUAUCGGCACGCCUCUUGUUCUUGAGACGGCUGCUAACUCACCAGCACCAGAGCCAGAGGCUGCAGCCAUGUUGCCCUCUAAGCGGCAGUAUGCCUUUCGGAAAACUCGUGACGCCUCUGAGUUUACUUCCCUGUUUGACGAUCUCAAGGGGUUAUCGUAUACGGAGCUGUACUACCGCCUGGAGGUGGCCAACAGAGCCCUGCAAGCCUGGCAGAGCGAGUUCAAUGCAUUGCGCCUGAUCACAGAGGACGAGGACAACUCCAUCCGCUACCACCAAGAAGAGCUUGCUUUCCAGCACCGCGAGAAGAUGGCCCUUAGCAAGGACCCCUCCGCCAAUCCCUUACGCAAGGACUUUGUCGUAAAGGGUACUCGAGCACCCAAGACGGACCCUCAUUUGGCUUAUCUACGACAGCAGGACAAGGUCAUGGCGCAGGCUUACCUUUUCGACUAUGACGACCGCGAGUCCAAGAUUAGCCAGCAGGACCCCGUCUCACAGAGGACCGGCGCUGCCGGCAAGGCCCGACUGCGGGACCGGCCAAAGCAGACUGCUAAAGCCGCUGAGGCCGAUGACCCUGCCGUUGUCUCUGGGAAACGCGCCAGGAAAGCGCCGACACUUUUCGACGGAAUGGAAGGUGCAAGUAGGAGCUCCACGCCUGCACCAUCAUCGCAACCCAAGCGUCGGAGGCGCGGCGCUGGCCAAGGCGGUGACGACAAUGGCGAGUUCCUGCCGUCGUCCGCCGAUGCCAUCGGUGAUGCGGUGCCGGCCAAGAAGGGCAAAGGCGGGCGGCCGCGGAAGCACCCGCUCCCAAUCUCACAGACCGAGGGUGCCUCUGGGCCCGCUUCGGAAGACGGCCCGACACUGCCUACUCCAAACAUUGUCGAACGCCCGGUUCGUAAGAGACGCAGGCGUGACCUGGACGAGGAGGACGAGGCACUAGCAAAUGGCACAGCGUCUGAAGCCAGCAAGCAGGCCAGGAGGCGCAACUCACGCCUGUCCGAGGUCCCCACAGGAUCUUUCUACUCUCAGUCCUCCGCCUAUGCAGAUGAGGAUAAUCGCCCGGCAACUGCGUCCUCCACCGCGUCCAAUACGACGGCAGACUCGUCGCCUAACAACUACUCACUUAGAGAGAAGCGGCAGAAGAAGUUCUCCCUGGAUGACGGAGAGUACGAUGAUGUCGGCGGGGCCGAAGACGAUGAUGGCGCUACGGCCAUUCACUCACGACCAGCUAAGCGUGCGCGCCGGGGGCCAAGGAAGUCGUACGUCGAACAGGUAAUGCCUCUGACCGAUGAGUACGCAGUCGACAUGUCUCAGCCUGAGCAGUCCCAGAUUGUGGCACCGAAACCGACUCCCAAAAUCAAGAUCAAGAACUACCAGCCGUCAAGCGCCUCCUCGACGGCAGCUGCGAGGUCUGCCGCUCCUGUCUCUACAGGUGGGCAUGUGCCAUCGCCUUACUCGCCUGCACCCUCACAGACCAUGGACUCCCCGACGACUCAGGGCGGCUCGUUCCACUCAAACGGCCACACCCCACAGACGGAGCCGGAAAUAGAGAAGGAUUACAGCACGAUGACCAAGUCGGAGAAAAUGUCUUAUUCCAUGAAAGCUCGCUGGGCUUCUGGCUCCAUGUCUGCGGCCGUAAGUAAGCGGCGUGCCACCCUCGCGGCUAAGAAGAGCGCAAGGGCGGCCACGCCCCCCAAGCCUGCUGCGCCUGAAGCUCCGGCCGAGGCACCUCCUGCGGUAGCUAAGUAG